AUGGACACCCUAGUAGCACAAUACAGCCGGCCAAGCGGCCAACAGGAAGGCUACUCACAAGACGAACAACAAGAGCUCCUCCAACUCACGCCGCCUUUAUCCCUCAAGUUCGCCCUCCCGCCCAUAGCCCAGCCCUCCUCAUGGCUCCGCGCAAUGACCGACGACUACUCGAACCCAAACUGCCCGAUCAAGAUCGCGCACGGCACGACGACGCUGGCGUUUCGCUUCCAGGGCGGCAUCAUCGUCGCCACGGACUCGCGGGCCACGGCUGGGAACUGGAUCGCGAGUCAGACGGUGAAGAAGGUGAUUGAGAUCAACAACUGCUUGCUGGGGACGAUGGCGGGUGGUGCUGCGGACUGCCAAUACUGGCUCGCAUACCUAGGCAUGCAGUGCCGACUCCACGAGCUGCGACACAAACGCCGCAUCUCCGUCGCUGCGGCCUCCAAGAUCCUCGCCAACCUCGUCUAUUCGUACAAAGGCAUGGGUCUGAGCAUGGGCACAAUGUGCGCCGGCGUGACCCCGCAAGAAGGCCCCGCCCUCUACUACAUCGACAGCGACGGCACCCGGCUGUCCGGAAACCUGUUCUGCGUCGGCUCGGGCCAGACCUUCGCCUACGGCGUGCUGGACGCGCAGUACAGCUACGAUCUGUCCGAGGAAGACGCGCUCGACCUCGGCCGCCGCAGCAUCCUGGCCGCCACGCACCGCGACGCCUACUCGGGCGGUUACAUCAAUCUGUACCACGUCAAGGAGAGCGGGUGGGUCAAGCACGGGUUCAGCGACACGAAUCCGAUUUUCUGGAAGACGAAGCUGGAGAAGGGCGAGUUUUCGAACGUUACGAGUGAGCUGGAGUGA